AUACAUUUUAUCUGGAAUGAACUUAAAUCGUUAUUAGAUGCUAAUUUAUUACAUGGUAAAUUAAAAGAACAAAUAAACUGGAAGGCAAAGGCUUUGAAUACUCAGGCACAUGAGCAUCUUUUUGCAAAAUUAUGUAAAGUAGAUGUUGAAUACUUAGCCUAUAAUGACCCAUUGUGUAUUCAUGAAAAUUUUCAUGCAGGCAUUAGUCCACAGACAAUAGUAUAG